AACUCCAGUCGUGGCAAUAGGGUUCUCUUCCUCUUUCGCUUCUCCACACUGUAAACAGGUUCCUCUCCGCAUCCCUUUUUCAAUUCGAUACAGCUGUUCCCUCCCCCCCCCCCCCCCCCCGGCUCUCUCUCUCCAAAUUCAGGAAACCCUAAGGUCAUGGCGGCACGAAGAGGAGAAUCGGAAGGCAUCAAUCUAAUCUCCUCCACAUACUCCGACGACGACGACGAGAUGGAAGACAUUCAUCACCAACAAGAACCCCCAAUCGAAGACGACGCCAACGACAUAAAAACCACCACCACCACUCCCAACGAUGACGACGAUACAAAGAGCAAUAGGAGUAACGACACGCCUCCGCUCUCUAACGGCACCGUGUCUCGUCCGUUAACCCCGCAGCAGCUCUCUCUCUCAUCCCCGCCGCAGCCCCCGCAGGCGGUCCUGGUUGCGGAUGCGAGUAGAAGUAGAAUGGGGAGGCUCACUAUCGUUGAUUACGGGCACGAUGAGGCGGCUUUGUCCCCUGAAGCUGAGGAGGGGGAGAUAACAGGCACUGGUGUUGUCACGAUUGGUGCCCAGCUUCAAAUGACUAAUGUUGAUAUUCAGGAACCAUCUGGAACAACGCAGACGCCUAGCACCCAGGCAGUUACUCCUCAGUUAUCUGAACUGGAUGCAUCAGAUUCACACUUAAUCAACUCUACUGUGAAUGAAUCACAAUCUGUGGAAGUUUCGGUUACAGUUUCUGUGGAAGUGGUUGAGGAUGUUGAUCCAUUGGACAGGUUUCUUCCCCCACCACCAACAGCUAAGUGCUCAGAUGAACUUCAAAGAAGAAUCGAAAAGUUUCUCGAAGUGAAAAAGCGACGUGGGAUAAGCUACAACGCGGAAGUGCGCAAUAAAAAGGAAUACCGGAAUCCUGACUUCUUGCUGCAUGCAGUGACAUAUCAAGAGAUUGAUCAGAUUGGUUCUUGCUUCAGUAAAGACGUAUUUGAUCCUCAUGGAUAUGACAAAAGCGACUACUAUGAUGAAAUAGAGGCUGAUAUGAAGCGUGAAAUGGAGAGGAAGGAACAAGAAAAGAAGAAGAAUCAAAAGGUUGACUUCAUUACAGCUGGAGCACAGCCUGGAGUGGUUGCUCCAUCACCAAAACUAAAUAUCACAAUAGCAGGUUUAUCAACUGUGGCUGCUGGUGGGUUGCAUUCAGUAACAGCUGCAGUUGAUUCUAUGACUCGGGAUGGUAGGCAAAAUAAGAAGUCAAAGUGGGAUAAGGUGGAUGGUGAUCGAAGAAAUGUGCUGCCUCCUGGAGGUCAUGAUUCUGUAUCUGUAACUGGGGCACAUGCAGCAUUAUUAACUGCUGCUAAUGCCGGUACUGGUUACACUGCUUUCGCUAUUGUUUGGCAUUUACAUUGCAGGCAACAAAGACGACGUGAAGCAGAGGAGAAAAGAUCUAGUGAAAGGAAGAUGGAUAGAAGAUCAUGAUCCAAUUGAUUUUUCGCCCUGGCUGUUUGAAAGUGUCACACAUCUACCUAUCCAUGGAUGGAAUUGCUGUGAAAACACCGCAUCCUUAGAACAUGUCCUUUUGUAUAUGGGGGGAUAGUUGACAAGCUUAUUGCUGCUGCUUUUUUUGGGAGGUCUUUCUAGUUAAAAUGUGGUAUACAAUUAGUUAUAGCUAGGUACUAUGGGUAUCAGUGGAUUAGCGAUCCCUCUAUUGAGUAGGCAAAUUGCUUUGUAUUCACUUCCUUGUUCAUAGAUUAGAAGGCGAGAACACUAGUUUAAUCUACAGUGGAGGCGGCCGUUCAGUUGCACUUCAAUUCUCUCUCUUA